UUACUUUGCUCCUCCAACGCCAAUAGUGAAUCAGUUCAGCUCCAACUAAAUUACAGAAUCGCAGAACCUUAACUUGGAAACCUUUUCAAGCCAAACUAAGAUGUCGAACCAGAUUGCAGCUGAUGGCCAAACUGAGAUCACCCACAUGGAUGCUGAUUUGUACGAGGCUUUGUAUGAAAGUGAUAUCAGAAUCCUCGAGAGAAAGUACUCAGAAGCUCAUCUUCAACUCCAACAAACCCCAAAAAGGAACACUGUCCUCCACAUUGCAGCCCAGUUCGGUCAGCUGGCAUCCGUUGAGUGGAUCCUUCACUUUCAUUCAUGUUCACCUCUACUGCAGCAGCCCAAUCGGAAAGGCGACACUCCACUUCACCUUGCUGCGAGAGAAGGCCAUGGGGCGAUUGUGAAAGCUCUCCUUGACGCCGCAAAAACACUUCACCAAGAGAUCGAAAGUGGGGUUGGAACAGACAAGGCGAUGUUGAGGAUGACCAAUAAGGAGAAAGACACAGCCUUGCAUGAGGCAGUACGGUAUCAUCAUUCAGAGAUUGUGGUGUCAUUGAUUGAGGAAGACCCUGAGUUUAUCUACGGUGCAAAUAUUACAGGCUACACUCCUGUUUACAUGGCUGCCGAGAGAGGAUAUGGAGACUUGGUGUGUAUAAUUAUAGACAAAACUCGCGCUUCACCAUCUCACAGUGGCAUAAUGGGUAGAACGGCUUUGCAUGCUGCUGUAAUUCGUGAGGACCAAGACAUGAUAGCGAAGUUAUUGGAAUGGAAGCCAGAUCUAACAAAAGAAGUUGAUGAAAAUGGGUGGUCUCCCCUUCACUGUGCUGCAUACUUGGGUUGUACUAAAAUUGCGGAGCAAUUACUAGACAAAUCAUCAGAUAAGUCUGUAACUUACCUUGCAAUCAAAGAUACCAAGAAAACAGCACUUCACUUUGCAGCUAACCACCACCAUAGAGAGACAGUAAAGCUUCUGCUCUCACACUCUCCAGAUUGUUGCGAGCAGGUUGAUGAUCAGGGAAAUAAUUUUCUUCACUUUGCGGCAAUGAGCAAACGGCCUUUUGCUAUUGAUGAUUUGUUCCCGAAUGACAAUAAGUUAAGAGUGAGAGGACUUGUAAAUGAGAAGGAUGCUAAAGGAGACACACCCCUCCACCUGCUUUCUUCUUGCCAAUGUUAUAAUCCAGUUUUCUCAAUGGACAAUGAAGUGGAUAAAAUGGCACUCAACGACGAUAAGUUAACUGCCCUAGACAUUCUUUCAAGGGCUAACAUUUAGUCGGGACAAAUG